CGCGCCUAUCGGCCGACCGAGACUCUUAAUCCCUGCUUCUCAAAUCUCAACCGACACGAAGCCAGUUAGGGUAUCCCCCUUUCUAUUGUGGUCAUGGAGCAUGUACGAUCAUUUAAGUCCAUCCCAACGCCAUGUUGUUCCGCGUCGCCGGGUCCCUGCGGCAAGAGAAAGCGAGAUGACGGUUAUCUUCCCCAUCCAGACGCAGGCCCAGAAGGGGGUCCUGGGUAUGUCUUUUACAUUUUCCAUCCUGCCCGUUGUCGCCGUGGUCUUACGUCUCCUGGCUCAUCAUAUUGUGCAUAAGAAAUGGACUGCGAGCGACUAUUUCAUCAUUGCCGCCUGCGUCUUCACUAUUAGUGCACACUCCGUAAUCAUGACCUGUGUAUUCCAGGGUGGCCUCGGGUACGGCCAUAUUAUGGCCAUCGAGGCCGUUUAUGGACCAGAGCCCUUGGUAACGCUGAUUAAGCUGCUACUCGCGCUACAGCUCCUCUGGAUACUGGGACUCGGCUGUUGCAAAAUCUCUAUCCUCCUGUUAUAUUUCCAAGUCUUCCCCGUUCCCUGGGUGGUCUCUGUUGCCCGGACUACCAUCGUUCUCAUUGUGGCCUGGACCAUUGCCACGAUCCUGGCCCAGUUCCUGAUAUGUCGACCGUUCGCUUACAACUGGGACACAACCAUACCGGGAGGAUCGUGCGGCCACUGGAACCCCUUCAACAUGACUAUUCGUGUCCUCAAUUUCGUCACCGAUGUGGUUGUGUUGAUUAUUCCGAUGCCGUUGCUGUAUGGGCUGCGGCUGGUGAGAUACAAGAAGAUGACCCUGAUGAUCAUCUUUGGGCUGGGAGCAGUAACCUGCGUUAUCAGCAUCCUCUGCAUCGCCCUGUUCUCCACCUGGAAUUACUCAGAUAUGACAUGUUCAUUAUCCCUUCUCGGUAUUCUCGUGGGUCUUGAGCCUUCUCUUGCUGUGACCCUCGCCUGCGUACCCAUGAUGCGCCCCCUGUUUAGGCGUUGGAUAUCAUCGCCCAACAACACCAGUCGGGGACGAACGAACCCCUCCUCGCGGUCACCAUCUGCCGCGCACACACCGUCGCAUGUAGACGAAUCCCGGGGUCUCGAAGAAAAUGAGAGCCAGGUAUCGCUACGCCCGAUGGGAGUGAAACACCCGGGGGCCGUUGCAUCGACAGCGAACGUGAGUUGUGAGAGCGACAGCGAGGAAUCGGAUCCGACUGCGGUGAAUACGACUGAGAGGAAUAGUCGCGGGAGAGGGAUUAGUGUGAGGCAGGAAUGGACGGUCGUGGAGGAGGCUGUCAGACAGUGAGAGACAUUAGGGCAUGGCGGGUCACGGUGUGGCUUGUUUU